CAGGGAGUAACCAAAGCCAAUGGAGAGCCUGUGCCCGGGUUUUGCAAACCGUCAAUGUGGACAGUGCGCGUCCUGCGCUGAGAUCCAGCAUUUCAACCCAUUGAAAACAACGACAACACCUGCACGAGAGAGACUCAUUCACAAUCAAGAGGAAACACAAAUAUUUCUCUUUAAACAACAAGACAGAUCGCGGAGUAUACAUUACAUGAGACAGCAUGAAGAAAAGCCAUUUGGUGAAAAGGGGUCUUCAAGAUGCCAACCAGCCAUCAUCCCAACCAGACAAAGUAGGCUGGAUCCGCAGAUUUUCUGGGAAAGGGAUAUUCAGGAAAGUAUGGAGAAACCGCUUUGUGAUGCUUAAAGGGGAUCAGUUGUACAUAUUUGAAAAAGAGAUGAAGAAUGAUGGAAAGACCCAUGAAGUCUUUGACCUGGCUAAAUAUGAGCGCUCGGAGGAACUGAAAAAGGCCAAGAGCCACAGCAAGAAGAACCACAGUAAAUUUACACUGCUCCGUUGCCCCCAACCCGGGAACAAAAGUCCAAAUCUUGUAUUUCUGGCUGUGAGCCCUGAAGAGAAAGAAUCUUGGAUUAAUGUUUUAAAUACCGCUAUAACAAGAGCCAAGAACCGUAUUCUAGAUGAGGUCACAAUUGAGGAGGAGAGUCUUCUGGCGCACCCUACACGGGAUCGUGCCAAGAUCCCACUUGGACGCCGUUUGCCCACGCGGGGUCAUCACAUGUCUGUGGCGUCUGCCACCUCUGAUGGUAUGCUGACACUUGACUUGGUAAAUGAAGAGGAUGCUGAUGAUCAGGAUGUGUGGAUAAAGGACGGUCAUGUCAGCAUAGAUAUGCUUGCUCCUGGCCGCCGACGUGCCGGUACUGAUGUGUCCAGGCCACCAUCCUCCAUCACAGACACCAGGGUGAACACCAGCAGCUUACCACGCAAAAGUGAGGUUUCCAAUAUCUACCAGUCUCACACCCCUCAAAGUGGAAAAAAGGUGUUAGCUCAGUGUCGAAACCGCUGUGCUUCCAUGGAUGAUGCUCUAUCGAGAGGAGAGCGAAAAACAACCAAGAACGCUCUCCAGGAAACAUUAACCCAGAGCCCGACAGACCACCUGCAAAACCUGAUCAUCCAAAGACUACAGAGGACUCAAGAGCUACUGGCUGAGAUCCAGGAACAAAAGGCCCAUAUGGACAGGAUGGGAUCUUACCCCUACCUAAGAGGCAUCGACUCCCCCCGACUUCGGCAUCUCAAAGGGUUCGACUCGCCACACUCCAAGGGCUCCAGCUUACAUGGUUCUCCCCACAGCAAAAGUAUAGACUCACCUCAAUUUAGAACUGAAGAUUCAUCUGGUUCAAGAGGUAAGGACUCGCCUCGCAUAAAGACGUCUAAGGGCUACUUUCGCUCGAAGAGCAUUGACUCACCUGAUACUAAAGAACCAAGCUCACCCCAUAUAAAAUGCAUAGAUCUGAGCCACAUCAAAGGUUCAGACUCCCCUCUUUCCACGGGCUCACACUCACCCCAUUCCAAGUGUAUGGACUCUGCUUUCUUUCGGAUCUCUUACUCGCCUUGUUUAAAAAAAAAUAAGGGUACUGACUCGCCCCUCAGUGAAGGACUAGACUGGGAUAGCAGGAGGGCAGCAGCCGAACGGCUGCUACAAGAGGCCAUUUCUUCAUGGAGAGAAGCUAGAGAUGUCUUGACUGAGGUAAAGGAGCUACAAGCCAGACAGCAGAGAGGACAGCAAAUUAAAACCGAAACACCCAAAACACCCUCACAGUGCUGCAAACAUCUUUAGUCAUAUGGGGCUUUAAAAUAAAUCUGAGGAAGAAGAACAAUAAAUGGAAGUUGCUGUUUUGUUCACAUUUCCAAACUGUCCCCUGUAUUUUCUCACAGCCUAUUUAUAUAUUAGGUUCCUCUGACACAUAAACCCUUUGUCUUUGCACUUUGAAUAAUUAUUUGCUUGUCUAAAUUGGGCCCUGCUUCUAAGGAUGUUCUGGUUUACUCUUAUUGCGGUUGGUAAGCACUGAAUACUGGUUAUGAACCUGGUUUAUGGUUAGUUUGCUUUCUGGAACACCUCAGGUGUAACCUCAAGAUUAUGUCUUGAAAAUACUUGGAAAUGUGGAUUAUAAUUCAUAAUACUUUGAAUGAACAUUUUUGUAGAUAUUUGUAAUACUGCCAAAGUUUUCAAAGA